AUGCCCCUUGCUGCUCCACAGCUUGUCGAAUAUCCUCCUCGACCGCGACUGCAGCAGGAGGCCUCCGAGUUGGUCCUUGAAGCUGUUCCUGCCAACAACUUGAUCUUUGAAGCUGUUUCUGCCAACAACUUGAUCCUUGAAGCUGCUUCUGCCUCCCCUGAGCUCGACGUGCCGGUCCUCGCCCUCUCCUCUUGCGCUUAG